CUGUUGAUUAGCUUAUCGAUUAACGCAGUGCUUUUCAACAUUUUUGAUUGAGGAUUCAAGAAUUCAUUUUAAACUUUUUAAAAUUACCUCAAAGCACAAAUAAUGUAUCCAUUUAAACUGGAAAUAAUGUGAGAUAAUGUAAAAUAAUGUGAUGUGUCACACACUUUUAAUUCCCAUGUGACAGCAGUGACAAAAAUUAGUUUUUAAGUAGAAUUUGCCUGUUUAUUAGUAAAAUGGAUGUGCACAACAUACUGAUUCAGUCAGUUAAAAAGGCAUGACGUUAAUAUAGGCCCAUCUGAAUAUUGGAGUAAUGUGUGGUUAUCACAAAAUCCCACGGCACACCAUUUAAAAACCACUGGAUUAAUGAAACGAUUGUUUCAGCCCUAGCCCACACAAAUGUAACACAGUUGGUCUUAUCAAUUUGCAAAAAUAAAACAGCUUAAUUCACAGAAAACUACAGAGAGAACUAUUUAAAGGUCCAGUAUGUAUGGUUUAGGGGGAUUUAGUGGCAUCUUGCAGUGAGGACUACAGAUUGCAACUAGCUGGACUUUCUCUUGAUGAAUGUGGGCGUGGCUCACAGCGAGGUGAACCCCAACACGCGGGUGAUGAACAGCAGAGGAAUAUGGCUCACCUACCUGCUGCUGACCGUCGUGUUGCACAUCGUCCUGCUCAGCAUUCCUUUCUUCACUGUGCCGCUCGUCUGGACCCUCACCAACGUCAUCCACAACCUGGUGAUGUACCUGUUUCUACACACAGUGAAGGGCACUCCCUUUGAGACACCAGACCAAGGCAAAGCCCGCCUACUCACACACUGGGAACAGAUGGACUACGGUGUCCAGUUCACAUCGUCGCGCAAAUUCCUCACUAUCUCACCAAUUGUUCUGUACAUUCUUGCCAGUUUCUACACAAAAUACGAUGCCACACAUUUCCUAAUCAAUACGAGCUCCCUCCUCAGCGUCCUCCUCCCAAAGUUGCCUCAGUUUCACGGAGUACGGAUAUUUGGGAUCAACAAAUACUGACAGAACUGACUUGAACACUGGAUUUUAAACCACCAACACUGGACUUCUAGUUUUCUGUUUCUGUUAAAUGAUUUUAUGUUUGGAGGUCGAAGAGAAGAGAACCAGUUGGACUGAUUUGUCUUUACUGUACAGAACGUGUGGCACGAUUUCUAAAAGCUGCAGUGUGUGCUGCCUGUUGCAGCCUGGAAAAAAAUAUGUAAGUGCACUGCUGCUGUUUUAUGAACGUAAUUUUAUUCCUUUACUGACAUUCCUGAUGUAUGUUUGUCAAAAAGCUACACUUUUGCUUAAAGAAAGAGCAAAUUUGAACUGCAUUGCUUUCAAAUGUGACUUUUAUUCGUUCCUGUUAAUUUCUGUUACAAACUGCACUGGCUGCACGUCUGUAAAACUGUUUCUGGUUGUUGCCAUAAAUCUGAAUGAAUUCAUUGUGGCAGUGUGGUUCAUGUUCUGAAUGACAGUUGCAAGUUUCCCUCUACUUUCAUGCUUUUUGUCUUGAUUUACUAUGAAGGAUUUACAUGCAGCAUGCAUUUGCACGCCUACAAUAAACACUGCAGACUUGCUAUCACACACA